AUGGCGUUUCCUGCUUCAAUCUCGCUUCCUUCUGAUCCCUUCGCUUCAAAGCUUCUUCCUUUAUCAAGGAUCUCUGUUCCUGCGCAAAUUACAGCGAAAAUUGAGCUAACCCAGUUGAUAUCAUUAAGAAAAAGUAAGUGUUCUAGUUUAAAGGCUUCGAUGGGGUCUCCGGGAUUUACCCAGCAACUUAAGGACAACAAGUUAGAGACUUUAGGUGAAGUUAAAGACGGUCGCGAUGAUAUAUUUAAUGAUCUGAAGGAUAGAUUUUUGAGUUUUAAGAAGAAUGUAUACAUGAAAAACGCUGAACAGUUUGAAAGUCUCGCCAAGGUUCAAGUGCCAAAGUUCAUGGUUAUUGCUUGUGCAGAUUCCAGGGUAUGUCCCUCAAGUAUUUUGGGAUUUCAACCCGGAGAAGCAUUCACAAUCCGUAAUAUUGCUAAUUUGGUUCCUACCUUCGAGAGUGGACCUACGGAAGUAAACGCUGCGUUAGAAUUUGCGGUAAACACCCUUCUGGUUGAGAACAUCUUAGUAAUUGGCCACAGCUGCUGCGGGGGUAUACGCGCCCUUAUGGGCAUGGAAGAUGAUGGCACCACAGGCUUUAUAAAAAGUUGGGUUGUUAAUGCAAAGAAUGCAAAAGUAAAAACCAAGGCUGUUGCUUCCAACCUCGACUUUGACAACCAGUGCAAACAUUGUGAGAAGGUAUCAAUUAACCAUACCUUAGUAAACCUACUUAGUUACCCUUGGAUUAAAGAAAAGGUGGAGAAAGAAGAACUCUCUAUUCAUGGUGGUUACUAUGACUUUACUGACUGUUCAUUUGAGAAAUGGACAUUGGACUAUCGGGGAACCGAACUCGAGGAAAAUGGAAGAGUUGCUACAAAAGAUAAAGUAUUUUGGUCUUGA